AUGGCCAGACCUUUGCGAGUCCUGGAGGAGCUGCUCAAUGAUGUGCGUGUUGGCCGUUUCCGCCCAGAUGAGACCCGGAGCGGAAGAUUCAGGGACGUGGUUCUGGAGGGUUGCCCCAUGGGCGAAUCCUUCGCGUCAACACCUUUUUCACUCGUUGGUGAAUGGGUCGAAGCCAGUGAGCCUUGUAACAAACCACGAGAAGUUGAGGUGACCAACCAGAACCGAGAGUCUGCCGAAAUCAUUGAGGUCGACCCUGACAGCCCGAAGAGGGAAGAGGAGGACAAUGCAUCAUCAGAGGCGCCGGAUACAUCCACAAGCUCAGAUGAGAGCGCAGCGGUCCUCAGUGGGGCCAGGAGACCGCUGCGUGUUCCUACCGUGCCGGACUCUUUGAAGCUUGCGCAGCAUACGAAGCUUCGAACUUUGCAUUGCAUGGAGAAGGAACACCAGCUCAUCUUGUUGUGUGGUCGCAAAGCAGUGCCAGAAAGAUACGGCGUGGUGGAGGAGGUAACAGCAGGUGAUGUGACAGAGCCUGGCAAGACAUUGCCCUUCAUCGAGAAGCAGAGGAGGUUGAGAGCUCAGCAAACGCGCAUCACUGGAAUCAGUCAUAAACACGAGCAGCAGGCCUCUCACGCUUUGAUUGACGCAGCCUUCAACAUUCUUGAGACCGGUGCAGUUGUUUACCUGCCACCUUCGAAGUGUGCCUCGCGAGAUGCUGAAAUCCAGUCAGAAGCAAAGAACAAGCAGAAGCAGUUAUUGACUUUGGAGCAAGGAACUAUCAAGGCCACAGCCUCAGAUGCCCUGGUCUCUGUGGACAUUGGGACUGAGAUGAAAUUGAUGUACGCCCUUCAGCGUGAGAAGCGUAGCAUUCAGCAAGAAGGUGACAAGGUGUCCAACCCGCCCCCGAAGAAGCAGAAGCAGCCCAAGCCGGGUGCCCAGCGUUCGCCUAGCCAGUGCACUGCGAUUGACAAGGACCCAGGCCGUUCAGAAAACUUUCCGGUGUACAUUUGUGACAUUACCAAUGAAGAACAGUUCUUGAAUUUGCGCACUUAUCUGGAAAAAGAGAGAAGUGCCAUCUUGCACGCACACUUUGCUCCAAGUUGUGGUACUGCUUCGCGUGCAAGAGAACGGCCAAUUCCAGGUUUCAAAACCGCUCCAAAGCCUUUGAGGAGUGAUGCUCAUCCAGAUGGCCUACCCAACUUGACGGAGUCGGAGCAUCAAAGGGUGUCAGAGGCUAACAGAAGUUAUGCAGCGAUGUCGGAGCUUAUUUUUGCUUUGGUGGAAUUGGGAGUCAGCAUCAGCAUUGAAAACCCUCGCAACUCUUUGCUGUGGAAGACUUCCUUCUUAAAGCAUUUGUUGGGCAAGUUGCCAACCUACCAUGUUUGCACUUUUCACCAUUGCAUGCACGGGGGAAAGCGUGAUAAAGACACUGCUUGGUAUAGCUUCAACCCGCGUGAUCCGCAGAGGGAUUUGUUCGCGAGCUUGGCACUGAAGUGUAACAAACAACACCAACACGCGCCCUGGAAACCCUAUGUGGAUGCCUCAGGGAAACGAAUUUUCCCAACAGCAGAUGAAGCCGCUUAUCCGCACUUGCUGUGUGAGCGCGUUGCAUACAUCUUGAGGACACAGGCCAAAAAGGCGGGCUUCAUUUUUCCCACUGACUUGCACCAACAGUUGGACCACACCAAUGUCAGUGCAAAACGCCAGCUGUUUACAACACAACCUAGAGGUGGUCGUCUCAGGCCGUUGGUCUCUGAGUUCUCGGGUUAUGUAACGGUGGUAACCUUGCCUGAUAGGCCCGAAAUUUUGGAGCAAACUCUUCGUACACUCCCCAAGGGAGCUCGCAUUUGUCAUCGGGUUCUUCAGCAGCGGGGGUGGAAUCGGGAUGACAUGGCACAGAAAUCACGCACUGUUGUCGUUGACGAGAGGUGUGGCACGGAUGGGCAAUGUGAAGUAGUGAACAUUGGCAUCCCAAGGGAACCCAGUGAGUUUAUACAAGAAGCCUUGAACAAGGGUCACCCUAGAGACAUCAUUGCAAACAUACGGGACGCCGAGCGGGACCUGCUUUUGAAUUUGGUGCAUCAACCUUGCUCUGUUCGUUUCCAAAAGCGUGCAGCCUUCAUGAAGAAAUGGCUUAAGAGAUCCUUGGAGCUGAAAGAAAGCGAGCAGAAGUUGCAUGAUUCCCUUGCGCCACACUUGGUCCCCAUCCUGAUGGGUAAACGGCUCUUGUUGUGGAAGGAGAUCCUGAUUGACCUUGCAUACUCUGACGUAGCCGUUAUCGAUGAUGUUGUAAAAGGGUUCGCAUUGACAGGUUGGGCGCCGCAAACUGGAGUGUUCCACAAGCAUGUUCGAAAGCCCAGUUUGACAACCCAGGAACUGCGGAAAAGAGCAGCCGGUUUGAAUGCGGCGGUCACGGGCUCGUUGGAAAACAGCACUGAAGGUCCGCAUGAUCAGUAUGCUUGGGACGAAACCAUGGAAGAGGUUCAGAAAGGGUGGCUCGGUGUUAGCGAUGGGUCGAGUGAAUGUGUCAUUGCCAAGCGUUUUCCUCUGGUGCAAGGAAGCAAAGUGCGAUUGAUCGAUGAUUUCUCGAUCUGUGGAACCAAUUCUGCCUACGGUAUGACAGAGAAGCUUCGGGUUCAAAGCAUAGAUGAACUCACAGCUUACCUUGCCUACAUCCUUGACUCUACCGAAGGUGCUGCAUGCCCUGCUCUGGUAGGACGCACGUUUGAUCUUAAACAUGCUUACAAACAGUUUGGUGUGGAUGAGUGGCACAGCAAGUUUUUGAACAUCGCAGUGCGGAAGCCCGGCGGCUCGUACGGCCUGUUCAAAGUCUACGCACUGCCGUUCGGAGCUUCAGGAAGCGUCACCAGUUUCCUCAGAGUUGCUUGCAGCAUCGCAUACAUUGGCACAUAUGGUUUGGACAUCACCUGGACUAGUUUCUUUGAUGACUUUACUGUACUGUGCACACAGGAGGAG